AGCUUCGUUCCACCUUGCAUGGCUCUCCCAUCUACCUAUAUCGUUGUAAUUUUCUUGUUUGCAACUUUCCCAUGGCUGUCAGCGGCCUAUGAGGGGCCUCGCGGUAUGUACUGUGCUGAGAAGGAUGCUCCGUCCAAGCUUAUUAUGACGUUCAGACCGACCAGAUACAAGUGGCAAUAUAGGUGGACCUUCGGUAAUUUUAAAUUUUAUGGACUAACGGAGAACAAUACCCUCGCAGCAUUUGAAGAUAACCAACUGAGGUAUUUAUCGUCACCGGUUGAAUCACCAGAUAUGCUGGACUUACGGCUACCGGAAACCUAUCGAGUUAAGGCAUUCGCUACCUCCAUGGGUCUGGGCGUCAAAACCUUGACCCGUAUGUUGUACUUACCCCGCAGCCACGGCCAAUCAGAGAUUGUGAUGAACGGUGAGCCUGAGAUACGCUUGACCUUUGGCGCGUGUCUUCAGCCGGUGAAUCAUCAUUUUUGCCAAUUUGCUCACAGCAAGGGCUUAAGUGUGGCCCUUCGCUCUGAUGCUACGCACAUGGUCGUCUACAAUGAUGCCAUCCCCGUGAAGGAAUUCCAAUCGGUAGCGGACACAGUGAACUAUCCCUUCAAUAUCUCGGUAUUGAAAAGAGAGGAGAAAGGGUUGGAUGUUUUACUCUCUCUUAUGGACAAUCGCACACAAGUUGGUCAAGAGGAUUGGUGGAUGACGGGAAAGGCCAUGACCUUGGAUCUAUUCCGUGAUACUUUGACCAUACACCAUGGUUCAUGGAUACCUGGUUUCGACCCUUCAUAUCCUACUCCUCCGGAUAUUGUCCUCAAGGCGUGCGACCUCUAAUGUUACGAGCCUUGCUCAGCCUAUGUCGUCGUAUACGAGCGCUAUUAUUUAAGAAACAGCGUUAUUAUUCUGGCUUUUGCAGAGGUCUUUAUGUUGAGGCUGUCCUUAACAUACAGUCCGUCGGGAAACGCACUCGCAUGCCGCAUUGUUCAUGGCAAACUUGCGAGUUGUCCAUUCUCUUUGAUCCAUAGAACAACGCUGUUAUCAUCUUCAUUCUCGCUCAGUAACUUCGAGUC